GCGGCGGGUUGGUCCGUUCCCCCCGUUGGCUCCGCCCCUGGCCCCCCCUCGGUGUAGUGGCCGUUGCCGGUGGCCGGCGGCGCAGAGCGGAGCGGAGCCCGCUCGGGACGCGCCCCCGCGGCGGCGGCGGCUCUGACGGGGGCGGCCGGUGCUACCAUAGCGGCGGCCCCAUGUUUUCCCCUAGCCAGGAGGAGCUGUGCGCGCUGAACAAGGAGCCCGUCAAGUACGGGGAGCUGGUGGUGCUGGGAUAUAAUGGAUCCCUCCCUAAUGGAGACAGGGGGCGCAGGAAAAGCAGAUUUGCCCUUUGUAAGCGAUCGAAGGCAAGUGGGGUUAAACCCAGCACUGUUCAUGUCAUCUCUACUCCUCAAGCAUCAAAGGUAUGUGACCCUGGGCAAAUCCUGGUUUUGGAUCAUCCUGUGUGGACAACAGCUCAGGCAAUCAGCUCAAAAGGUCACCACAGUAUCUCUUUCACCUUAUCCAGAAGCCAGACAGUUAUAGUGGAAUAUAUUCAUGACAAAGAUACAGACAUGUUUCAGGUUGGGAGGUCUACAGAAAGCCCCAUAGACUUUGUAGUAACAGAUACUAUUUCAGGAAAUCAAAAUAAUGAUGAAACCCAGAUUACCCAGAGCACCAUCUCCCGAUUUGCCUGCAGGAUUGUUUGUGACAGGAGCCCACCAUACACGGCAAGGAUCUUUGCAGCUGGCUUUGACUCAUCUAAAAAUAUAUUUCUUGGUGAAAAAGCAGCCAAGUGGAAAAACCCCGAUGGCCACAUGGAUGGAUUGACAACCAACGGGGUGCUGGUCAUGCAUCCCAAAGGAGGAUUCACGGAGGAGUCCAAGCCCGGGGUGUGGCGGGAGAUCUCCGUCUGUGGGGACGUGUACACGCUCCGGGAAACCAGGUCUGCUCAGCAGAGGGGCAAGCUGGUAGAAAACGAGACCAACAUCCUGCAGGACGGCUCCCUGAUCGACCUGUGCGGGGCCACGCUCCUGUGGAGAACGGCGGACGGACUCUUGCACACCCCGACGCAGAAACACAUCGAGGCCCUGCGGCAGGAGAUCAACGCCGCCAGGCCCCAGUGCCCCGUGGGCCUCAACACCCUGGCCUUCCCCAGCAUCAACCGCAAGGACGUGGUGGAGGAGAAGCAGCCGUGGGCCUACCUCAGCUGCGGCCACGUGCACGGCUACCACAACUGGGGCCACCGCAGCGACACGGAAGCCAACGAGCGCGAGUGCCCCAUGUGCAGAACCGUUGGCCCCUACGUGCCUCUGUGGCUGGGCUGCGAGGCCGGGUUUUACGUGGACGCCGGGCCCCCCACGCACGCUUUCACCCCCUGUGGACACGUGUGCUCCGAGAAAACCGCCAAAUACUGGUCCCAGAUCCCGCUGCCUCACGGGACUCACGCCUUCCACGCCGCCUGCCCGUUCUGCGCCACGCAGCUCUCCGGGGAGCACAACUGCGUCAAGCUCAUCUUUCAGGGCCCCAUCGACUGAGAAAUCGCUCGGCAAUGACCACAAUAAAAGUUUUCUUUGACGGUUUACUGUGAAGAUUUUUGCCACUAACUCUAGAUUUUACCUUUUUUUAUAAUGUUAUUAAUAGGGGUGGUAGGGUGGGGAUGGGGGAAACGAUGAGGGAAUGGAGGGAGCGUGGUGGAAUUGGGAUACAUUGAUACCUGGAACUUGACAGAUAUCAGUGGUGUUGCAUGCUCAAAAGCAGCAUAUUCAUGGAGUCUUCUUGGUCAAAUUGUAGUAUAUUUGUAAUUUUUUAUUAGUACCCUGGAUCAGAAAAAGGUGUCUUAAAUGAUUUUUUUAAGCUAAGAUUUUUUAAUGGAAAGGUUUUUUCUUCUAAACUUUGACAAGCCUUUAAAACCUAUUUUUCAAAUCUAGAAGGAACAUACAGAAUGUAACUGUCUUUAAUUUGCAAUAUAAUUUAACUUGAAUAGUUUCUCAAGGAGCAAAUACAGAAUGUGUGGACAACCAUAGGUGAAUGUUCACUAGAGAUAAUUGGAUACGUAAGAGAAAAAUUAGCUGCCUAAAGUGUAGAGGAUAAAAGCUAUUAAAAUAUCUAUUAUGGUAUAACACAGCUGGCCAAAAAGGCAUCAAAGAUUACUUGAAACUGAGGAAAUCCUGUUUGCAUUGAUUUCCUUUCAGUGUAAUAGAUAUCCACUGGCUAUUAAGUAUGGGAGAUGGCUGAUUUUUUUAUUUUUGUUUUAAUUUUUUUUUCCUCCAUUUAACCUGCAUCUGGUGAAACCACUUGACUCUUUUCCAUACUUAGCUCUGGGGUUUAAGCUGAUGUUCUGUCUUUGUGUAGUCUGGACUUUUUAUUUCUGCUCUGAUCGCCCUCAGUGCUCCUUACCCAGCAUCUUUGGGCGUGUGGAGGCCUCAGAUUCCCAGAAUGGUUUUGUUGGAAGGGACCUUAAAGCUCAGCAGUUCCAGCCCCCUGCCAUGCCCAGAGACACCUUCCACUACCCCAGGCUGCUCCAAGCCCCAUCCAGCCUGGCCUGGAGCUCUUCCAGGGAUCCAGGGGCAGCCACAGCUCCUCUGGGCACCCUGAUGGAGCCAGAGACGUGUCCAGGCUUUACUGCAGUGAUGAGGAGGUGGUGCCACAGCACGACACGAGGUUUAGGUACAGCUGCUACAGAACUCAUUUACAUAAACCUGAAUUCAGGAAAGCACUUAGUCUGUGUUUAAAUAUAAGCCCACGGCUGGGACUGUUUAGAUUCUCAAGAGCUUCAGUGCAUUGUGGUUAUUUGCUGUUACAUUUGAAAUAAAAGAAAAGCAAUUUAAAAUAAGUUAUUUUUUAAGCUCACUUUAAAGCAUUUUCAUGAGAAGGGAGAGCAUCAUUUCCAGUUCAGCUGAGCAUUUUUGUUCACUUUUCAACUUGCUGCCAUCUGUCACCUUUUCUUUCGCAGAUUGAGUUGUGUUUGUAUCUCUUUUUUUCCCCCAAAUGUUUGCAAAUCAAACAACAUUCAAAUGUAAUCAAAUACGUGCACCAGGGUGGUACAUCUGAAGUGGAUCACUUGAAAUUCGUGACUUUUUAAGAGAGCUGAUAAAUGUUUGCUGUGGAAAUAAUUAAAUCAGAAUUUCAUAUGAGGUGUACCCUGCCCACUGUUAGGCUCAUUUCACGUAGAGUGAUAACUCUUUGAUUUGUGGGGUAUAUUUUUUCUUUAUGCUUUCUGUACUCUUGGUAUCUGAGGUAUCAAUCUAUCCAGGUUUAAAAGAAAAAAAAAAAAAAAAAAAAGAAUUUGGGAGAAAUCUAUAACAUCUCUAGAUGAAAUUGAUCAUUCAAGCUCAGUUCUGUUUAAUCAACUAUAGCUUUUUGCUAUAUUUGUGCCCUUUGUAUAAAUAUAUAAUUUAUAUGAUUUUAAUAUAUUCUGUAUAUAUAUAUACUUGAAUUGGCCUGUUCAUAUUUUGGUUGUAAAAUUGUUUUAUAGUUAACCUUAUAAACAUUUUACAUGUCCCUUGCCAGUGGUGAUGGGAUGGACUUUGUCUGCUGCUGUUUUUAAUAUAAUUUUGCUGUAUACAUGUUCAGCAUUUUAAUAAUUUGAAAAUAGCUUUACUUUUCUUUUUAUGCUUUUGCUGUUAAAAAAAAAAUAUAUAUAUAUAACUCUGCAGCAUUUUUUUUUCUAAAAGCCCCAAACUGUACAGUUUUUUGUCCCACUCAGUGAUUGAAAACAGGAAAAACCUUAUUAACCUACAAUUAUGCUUCUUCCUAGUGCCUUUUCAAAGAGAUCCUCUUGUGAUUCCGUAUUCCAAGUCCUUUUUCCCACAAGGCAACCUUGGGGCUCAUCUCCACGGAGAGGGGGAAGAAACACCUUUGGCCUUCAGUUCUGGACACAGAGGUGCCUCUUCCUCGCUCCUAAGCCCGUGCAGGUUCCUCGGGUCCCCCAGGGCAGCGUCAUUCCUGCUUUGCAGAUACCUCAUCUGGGAGAGGCGGCCUCACUCCUCCCCUCCCUGCUGGACUCUGGAAAUCUUCACCUGCUCCCUGCAAGAGACGCUCUGGACACGCCUGUGGGAGCUGCUCCUGCCUGGAUUCAGGUCCUGGAGCUCCGUGUGCGGCAUUCCCGGCUCCGCUGGCAGCCCCCAGGCUGAGCUGGGCUGGGUCUGCACAUGGUGGUGUCUCCUCUGAGCCUCACUCACCUCCCUCCCCCAGCUGCUUUACUCCUUCCCCUGGCUGGUGCAGUUUAAUUGCUGCUUCAGGGCUUCAUAUCCCUUCCUGCUCCCUGUGGAAAGUGAAUGUACGGUGUUGGAAGAAUCCUCACUGGAAACACAGCACACCAUCAGGCUUGCUGUGUUUGGCUGUGUGAAGCAGAACACUGGAUAAUGGUUUGUAUCCAAGGGAAGUGUCUGUUUGAAACUGUUUAAACAAGAUUUUUUUGUUUUUUUUUUUUUUGCUGUCAGCAGUUCUGUAUAACACAAGGAAUAACUGCAGGAAGGAAAAGUCUCAGAAUCCCAGAAUGGGGAAGGCUGGAAGCGACCAUGGGGGCUCAUCUGCUCCCACCUCCCUGCUCAAGAGGGGCCAUGGUGGAGCACAGGGCACAGGAUUGUGUCCAGACAGCUCUGGGAUAUCCUCAGUGAGGGACACUCCACACCCCCUCUGGUCUCUGUUCAGGGAAGUUCUUCCUCAUGUUCAGGUGGAACUUGUGGGCAUCAGUUCCUGCUCGUUCCUCCUGUCACACAGAGCAGAGCCUGCUCCAUCCUCCUGGCACCCCUUUUAGAUAUUUAUACACAUUAAUGAGGUUCCCUCUAUCGUCUCUUCUCGGGGCUGAACAUGCCCAGCUCCUUCAGCCUUUCCUCCUGAGACAGAGACUCCUCUCCCUUCAUCCUUCAUCCUUCAUCCUCCUGGGAGGAUUUGCCCUGUGCUGUUGCUGCUCCAGCAUCUCCGUGUCCCUCCUGUCCUGAGGAGCCCAGAGCUGGGCACACAACUCUGCCUGGGGCUGAGCAGAGGGGCGGGAUUCUUUGGGGAGCAAUUCUCCAAGGUUUGAGUGGAAUUCAGGGACUUUGCUGUUCAAAUCCACGGUCAUUCCUGCAGAGGUGGAUGUGCUGGGGAGGCAGAAGUUUGUAAGAUGAUUUUCCUCAAACCCUGCUCUGGUGAAAUGAUGGAGCAUUCAGCUCUUAGGCCUCGCCUUCCCUUGGCUCCAUAAACACCUCCUCUGCUCUGGUACCUCGAUGAGAAAAAGGAGUUGGUGGAUAAAUAAAACUGGAGUCAGUAAACUUGAGAACCACCCUCAAAUUUAUUCAUUAUUUCAGUGUUACGCUGUUCCUUGCAUCCCAUUUCCAAUGCUGGCAAUGAAUUCCGUAAGGAUUUUUUUAUCACCUGUUACUGUUGAUUCUAUUUGAAUGCCUCAAAAGCAGCUUUGACUGCAUAACUUAGAACUAAAAGUAUUUUUCUAGGUUUUUUUUUUUUUUUAAAGAUUAUAUCUGUCAUAUCCAUGCACACUGGAGCUGGAACACUUCCCUUUUUCCUGGCAGCUUUUUGGGAGAGCACUGAAGUCUAAAUAAAAUGAGUGUUGAAUGCUGUUCUUACUGGGAAUUGUCCAGUUGUACAGGAGAAUUCACACAAAACUGUGUUUUGCUCAUUAAUUAUUUUCAAAUGUGGUCAUUUUGUGCAUCAAGGUACAGUCAUAGUACUGUACAGGCCGAGUAAUUAAAGAAGAAUCAUUUUUUUUCCAUUGUGAGUGUGGGAAUGGGGAUCAGAAGAGAUGAAAGCUGUGGUUGAGCUGGUUGCAGUAGGGACAGAUCCACCUUGAAGCAAAGGCGUGCCCAGGAGCUGCUUGGAAAUGUGGCUGGAGCUGUUGCUGCUUUCUGACCUCAUCCAUGCUCUGCAAAGGAUUCUCCUCAGUUUGUUGGGAAGUUCUGGGCUGCCCUGGAAAGCCUGUGACCUUCCCAGUGAGACAUUCCUUGGUGUUUUAAUGGCACUUCUGGAAUUUGGAAGGUUUGGCCUCAGAGCCUGAGCGAGGAGCCAGAGGUGCUGAGUGUGUCAUAGUGAGAAAAUUCAAUGAACUGUGAACAGGACUUUAAUUACAUUUUAGUGCUCACACCACUCAAAGGCAAUCUGGUUUGGCUGUGGUCACUCUCCCUUUAGUACUCUUGCAGUAACUGGUGACUUCUUCACCAUAUUUUCAUUUUUCUGGAAGUGGAAGGAAACUUCUCCAAGACCAUGGUGUUUCUGUUCCUCCAUCCCACAGUCUUGACACUUUCCUGGGGUUGGAGAGCCACUGGCUGUGGUGAGGACUGGCAAGCAUUUAAAUCCAUUUUUAUCCUGGUAGGAAAACUCUCCUGCCUCUUCCUCCUCAUUUCCUCCAUUUUUCACCCUCCUGUGAGUCCUUGGCUCCUCAUUUUCUAUUUAGCCAUGCAGUUGCAGGUACACAAAUAAAUAUAUCUUGGAAGGAAAACAAGGAAAACACAACCUGGGGUUGCAGUGUCUUUUGACAGAUUUUUCUCAUGAUUCUGGGUUUUCUAAGCACUCAUCACAAGUCUGCACACUCGGUGUUGUGAGUAAAAGGACAAAUGUAGAAGGUAAGGCUGGUUUUGGGGGGUGGAGAGGGGUUUCUAGGAUGGAGUGACAGUGGCUCUGCAAACUGUGUCCCACUGAGUGCAGUGGACAUUGGGUCUUGGAAGAGCAGUGGAAUGACCCUGGACAGGCAGUAAAGACAGAGAUUUACUGUCUGUGCUGCUCAGUUUUCAUUUAUUGGCAGCAGAACAAAAAAUACCCAAAAAUAAUGGGAAUUCAGUUGUUGGACACCCAAACACCAGAAAAAAACCCCAAUGUCUGUCCAGAUUUCUCUCACUGGGGGCAAAUUCACACUUUCCUGGUGGACAAGGCAGUCUCCAAGUCACCUGAAGUCCCUUGUGCUGGUGUCCUGGGGCUGAGGGACGGGAGUGGCUCUGCCCUUGGGUUAGAUCACGAUGGAGAGCCCUUGGAAAAGCCUCUCCCACAGCGAUGGAGCUGUGUGAUGGAGGGGUGAUGUUUACCUUAAAACAGAGUGAGCAGCUGUUCAACUUCUGGGUAUAUUUGUAAAAUUGGUCUUUUUAUAUGCCGUGUGAAAUGGACUGGAAUAAUUUCUUUUGCUGUUGUACCUGUGGAAGUACAAGCCAUUUUACAGGAAAAAAAAUAUAAAAUUAAAAUAUUAUCUCAGUAUUGU